GUGUUUCUGAACCUCAUUCUUGCUACUCAAGUUUCUCGUCGGACUGUAAAGAACGCACUGAAGAGUUGACCGGAAGUCCCCUUUGCUCACUGACGACACCUGUUGGCCUGAAAAUGUGUCAAUUGCCUCCAGAGGAUUUACCUUGUCAAAUGAUGGUUUCAAGACUGUCGCCAUGAAAAGAAGACAGCUAGUUCGAUGUCAUGGAGGAGAGCUGCAACCGAGCUCAAAGAGGGCAUCCUGGGAGUGCACAUGGAAGACGCAACGAACCCGGAGACACCACGCUUCGCUGCAUCUGCCUCAAACAUUGGCUGAGAAGGGCGACCUGGCACUCCUGGAGAACCUGGUAAGGAAGAACCCAGAGGUCCUGAGUGAGAAAGAUGAAUUAGGAGCCAGUCCUCUUCAUCACGCCGCUGCAGGUGGCUAUGUCCCUCUCAUCCAAUUCAUCAGCACUGUCAUCGACUCAGAGGAGCGAAACAGCUGUGAUGAUCAGGGCAACGUGCCCCUACACUGGGCCGUGGAAAAGGACAAGCCAGAGAGCUGCAGGGCUCUGCUGGACCUGGGGGCCAACCCCAACAUCCUCAACACGGCCCUCCUGUCCCCUCUGCACCUGGCUGUCAGCCUGGGACACAACAACCUGGUGGAGCUGCUGCUGACCUACAACACUACAGACAGUAAUCUACAGGGAGACCUUGGGAACACCCCACUGAUUCUGGCCUGCUCCAUCAAUAACUGCGAGGCUCUCAACAUAUUGAUGACGCAUGGAGCACACCUCUGCCAACAGAACAAGCUUGGCCAUUUCCCCAUCCACGCAGCUGCCUUUGCCGGCGCAAAGAAAGCCAUGGAAGUGAUCCUGAAGGCCGGCGAUAAGAUAGGCCACCAAAUUGAAUCCCACAUCAACUACAUUGACAAGUCCAGGAGCAGCCCGCUCCAUCUGGCUGUACGCGGCGGAAAUAUUGAGGCCAUCCGUCUCUGCAUCAAGAUGGGGGCCAAAAUUGACCAGCAGCAGAAUGACAGGUCCACGCCGCUUCAUUUGGCCUGCACCCAGGGUGCCACUGAGGUAGUCAAACUGAUGUUGUCCUCCAUCGACCAAGUGGAAGACAUCAUUGACCUGACUGAUGGGGCGAAUCAGACCCCUCUGCACAGGGCUACAAUAUUUGACCACGCUGAGCUGGCAGAGUACCUAAUUUCAUUGGGUGCAGACCUUAACUGCAUCGAUUGUAAAGGGAACUCUCCCUUGCUCCUUGCUACAAGCUGCGGUGCAUGGAAAACAGUGACUUUGCUACUAACAAAAGGGGCGAAUAUAAACAUGAAGGACAGAUUUGGUUGUAACUUCCUUCACCUGGCCAUCCUGCAGCCGAAAGGUCUGAAAAACCUCCCAGAAGAAGUCCUCCAGCAUAACAGCGUAAAGGCUUUGCUCAGCUGCGAGGAUAACGAGGGCUGCACCCCGCUCCACUACGCAUGCAGACUGGGGAUCCAUGACUCAGUGAAGAACAUGCUGGGUCUCUCGGGGGAGGUCGGCCUCGCAUGCAAGUCCAAGGACAAGAAGUCUGCCCUGCACUUUGCUGCUCAAUAUGGGCGAAUCAACACGUGUCACAGGUUACUGGAGACCAUCACAGACUCUCGCCUGCUGAAUGAAGGUGAUGAGCGUGGCCUGACUCCUCUCCAUCUGGCUUCAAGGGAGGGACACACCAAAGUGGUGCAGCUGCUGCUGCGCAAAGGAGCUCUCUUUCACAGUGAUUAUAAGGGCUGGACUUGCCUGCACCAUGCUGCAAACACAGGAUACACACAAACUAUGGACAUCGUCCUCUCAGCCAAUCCUAAACUACUGGAUAAAACAGAUGAGGACGGAAACACUGCACUCCACGUUGCAGCCAAAGAGGGUCAUGUGGCUGCAGUGCGUCUCCUUCUUAACCGUGGAGCAGAGCCUAUCUUGAACAAAAAUGACACAUCGUUCCUUCACGAGGCCGUGCAGAACGGGAGGAAGGACGUGGUCAACGCUGUGAUUGACAGUGACAGAUUAAGCGAGGCUAUUACACUGUUCAUUCCCGGCUCCAGCCAGCGAUGUCCCAUACUAGAUAUGAUUGAGUUUCUUCCUGAAUCCUGCAAGCACAUGUUGGACAGCUGUGUGAAGGAAUCUGACGAUGACCACAACAGCUCUGACUAUCAUAUCGAAUACGAUUUUGCAUAUCUCCAGGCUCCCAUUAUUAGUUUGAAAAGGCUGCCUGACAAGAGCAUGAAGGUUCCUCCGCUGGCUGCUCUCAAUGCGAUGGUGCAGUACAACCGCAUUGACCUCCUCAACCACCCUGUCUGCAAGAAGUACCUGGCGAUGAAGUGGGUUGCUUACGGGAGCAAGGCUCAUGUGCUCAACAUGUUCUUUUACCUGCUAGGCCUUCUGCCCCUCACUCACCUGAUAGUGAAUCUGAGGCCCACCUUGAACAUCACUGACACAGGCGAUCAUCAUAUCAUCAUGGUUCCCGUAUCGUUCAUUGAGCAAAGUGUUCUCUUGUCCGUCUGCAUGUUGAUGGUCCUGAUCAUGAACAUCUACUCCAUAAUAAAAGAAGUGGUGCAGAUAAUCCAGCAGCGUUCAAAUUACUUCAAGGAUUUCUCCAACCAAAGCGACUGGAUGUCGGCCAUCUUAUCCAUCAGUUUCGUCAUUCCUGUCAUGCUGAAUGUAGAGUCUUCCUAUCACUGGCAAGCUGGAGCAGUAGCAGUUUUAAGCUCCUGGGUUGGAUUCCUUCUUUAUCUCCAGAGGUUUGAGGGAGUUGGCAUUUACGUUGUGAUGUUUGGGGAGAUCAUGAAGACACUGAUGCGUAUCGUGACGCUUUUCAUAUACCUGCUGUUUGCAUUUGGCUUGGCGUUCUAUGCUCUGAUGCUCAACCAGAAAGAGUUUGACAAUGUGCCGCUCUCAGUGAUGCAAACCUUUGCGAUGAUGGUCGGGGAACUAAACUACCAAAACAACUUCCUGGAACCUUACCUGAAGAUGCAGCUUCCUUUCGCCCCCCUGACUUACUUCAUUUUUGUGCAGUUUGUUCUGCUCAUACCCAUCCUGCUGGUGAACCUGAUGAUUGGUUUGGCUGUUGGAGACAUCGCUGAGGUUCAAAGAAAUGCAGCCCUGAAGAGAAUCGCCAUGCAGAUCGACCUCCACACUGCACUGGAAGACAAGCUGCCUUAUUGGUUUUUAAAACGAGUUGACAAAUCCUCCAUCACCGUCUACCCCAACCGCAAGUGCUCCAAGCGUUUUAUUUGGCGCCUGAUCACAGGCGAUGAGGACACAGAAGAAGUGUGGGGCCGUGUGAAGGCCAAAUCUCAAAACUGCUCUCUGUUACAGAGCGAGCUCAGGAAGCAGAAGAACAGGAUGAAGGAGAUGUCGAGCUUGAUGGAGAAGCAGCACGACCUCCUGAAGCUCGUCAUCCAGAAGAUGGAGAUCACCUCAGAGGCCGACGAGCAUGACGGCCCUGCGAACGUCAGGGGCAGUAUGUGGCCCAGACUGUGUCAGGCCAAACCUAAAGGUCAAAGUGUGUCUCGCUGGGUCCCUCUGAUGAAGGCCAUCGAGGCCAAGAGGAAGUGAGGAGCAUCCCAGAGAUAAGAAAUGAUAACAAAGCAACAACUACAUAUACCAUUUAACAAAGUCAGUUAUCUAGAAGUAAGAUAGCCUUGGUAGAACUUACAUAAUCACACUACUACAGCACAAUGUAAUGAAUACUAUUAAGAUGUGGCUCUAAUGUGAACUCUAUACAUGCAGCUUAUUUAACAAAGUGAUCUUGUUUGUUGGUUUGAUGCAGCUUUGUCUGUUAUACACACUAUUUAUCUAACGUAAGGAUGUGUUUCUAUGUGCAAUAUGUUCACUUUAGAGCCUUUAAUAUGACACUAUAUAAUAUAUAUUUUAUGUCUUCUUGCUUUGUCUCAUCAUUAAACAUGUCUGUGAUUCAAUUCAAUAAAUUAUUGAUCUUA